AUUAGUCACUGAAAGCUAGCGAACAAUUCCGAGAAAGAGACGGAGAGGGGGAAGAAAAAGACUGAUAGAUAGAUAUUGGGGGAAGGGAGAAAAAAGGAGGAGAGGGAAGAGGAGAGAGGCAGCGGAGAGAGAGCACGGGAGAGGGAGAGAGACAGAGAGAGAGAGAGAGCGCUAGAGAGAGAGAGCGAGCAUGUGCGUUGAGCAAUAGCUGUGGACCUUACAGUUGCUGCUAACUGCCCUGGUGUGUGUGAGGGAGAGAGAGGGAGGGAGAGAGAGAGAGAGCGCGCUAGCGCGAGAGAGCGAGUGAGCAAGCGAGCAGAAAAGAGGUGGAGAGGGGGGGAAUAAGAAAGAGAGAGAAGGAAAGGAGAGAAGGCAGGAAGAAGGCAAGGGACGAGACAACCAUGCUGUGCUGUAUGAGAAGAACCAAACAGGUUGAAAAAAAUGAUGAGGACCAAAAGAUUGAACAAGAUGGUAUCAAACCAGAAGAUAAAGCUCAUAAGGCCGCGACCAAAAUUCAGGCUAGUUUCCGUGGACACAUAACAAGGAAAAAGCUCAAAGGAGAGAAGAAGGAUGAUGCCCAAGCUGCUGAGGCUGAUGCGAGUAAGAAGAAGGAUGAAGCCCCUGUUGCCGAUGGGGUAGAGAAGAAAGGAGAAGGCCCCACUACUACCGAAGCAGCCCCAGCCACUGGCUCCAAGCCUGAUGAGACCGGCAAAGCAGGAGAAACUCCUUCUGAGGAGAAGAAGGGGGAGGGUGAUGCUGCCACAGAGCAGGCAGCCCCUCAGGCUCCUGCAUCCUCAGAGGAGAAGGCCGGCUCAGCUGAGACAGAAAGUGCCACUAAAGCUUCCACUGAUAACUCGCCGUCCUCCAAGGCCGAAGAUGCCCCAGCCAAGGAGGAGCCUAAACAAGCCGAUGUGCCUGCUGCUGUCACUGCUGCUGCUGCCACCACCCCUGCUGCAGAGGAUGCUGCUGCCAAGGCAACAGCCCAGCCUCCAACGGAGACUGGGGAGAGCAGCCAAGCCGAAGAGAAGAUAGAAGCUGUAGAUGAAACCAAACCUAAGGAAAGUGCCCGGCAGGACGAGGGUAAAGAAGAGGAACCCGAGGCUGACCAAGAACAUGCCUGAACUCUUAAGAAAUGGCUUUCCACAUCCCCCUCCCCUCUCCUGAGCCCUGUCUCUUCCCACCCUCUUCUCAGCUCCACUCUGAAGCCCCUCCUGUCCUGCUCACAUCUGUGAGGCUGUCCUUUCCCACCCACUAGCCCUCUUUCUCUCUGUGUGGCAAACAUUAAAAAAAAAAAAAGCAGGAAAGAUCCCAAGUCAAACAGUGUGGCUUAAACAUUUUUUGUUUCUUGGUGUUGUUAUGGCGAGUUUUUGGUAAUGAUGAUUCAAUCAUUUGGGGAAUUCUUGCACUGUAUCCAAGUUUUUUGAUCUGGUGCGUGUGGCCCUGUGGGAGUCCACUUUCCUCUCUCUCUCUGUUCCAAGUGUGUGUGCAAUGUUCUGUUCAUCUGAGGAGUCCAAAAUAUUGAGUGAAUUCAAAACCAUUUUUGUUUUCCUCCUUUUCAAUGUGAUGGAAUGAACAAAAAGGAAAAAAAUUCAAAAAUCCCAGUUUGUUUUAAAAAUAAAUAAAUAAAGCAAAUGUGCCAAUUAGCGUAACUUGCGGCUCUAAGGCUCCUUUUUCAACCUGAAUAUUAAUAAAUCAUGAGAGUAAUCAAG